GUGCGUGUGUGUGUGUGUGGGUGCGGGUGCGUGUGCCCGCCUGCGGGGCGGGGAGGGGGGUGGGGAGCGGCCGGCGCUCCGCGGCGCUGCGCGAGUGGGCGCGGAGCUCGGGCGGGAAGGAGAGAGAGGUGGGGGGGGGGGGGUGGUCCGGGCGGCGGCGGCGACGAGGAGGCGAGAUGAGCGCUGCGGGCAGAGAGCCGCCCUCCGCAGCCGCCGCCUGUGAAUGAGCUGAGGCGAGGCCGCCAGCCGGCUGCCCCCCACCCCCCCCUCCUCCUCCUCCUCCUCCUCCUCCUCCUUCUUCUCUUCCCCCCUCCUUCCCCUUCUCCCCUGGCCGGCCCGCCCGCCCGCUGCCGGCCCCACCGCGGACGUCCCGGCCUGCCCCCGGGCCUCCUUCCUCACGCACCGCCUCGGGCAGCGCGGCCCUGCCCGCCGCAGCCGGCGCCGUCCGCCGCGGACCGGGGGAACUGAAGGAAAGGCAUCAUGGGAGCGUUUUUAGACAAGCCAAAGAUGGAGAAGCAUAAUGCCCAGGGGCAAGGGAAUGGGCUUCGUUAUGGUCUGAGUAGUAUGCAAGGCUGGCGAGUUGAAAUGGAGGAUGCACAUACGGCUGUGAUUGGUUUGCCAAACGGACUUGAUGGAUGGUCAUUUUUUGCUGUAUAUGAUGGGCAUGCUGGAUCACAGGUUGCCAAGUACUGCUGUGAGCAUUUGUUAGAUCACAUCACAAGCAACCAGGAUUUUAAAGGGCCAGAUGGGCCACCAUCUGUGGAAAGUGUAAAGAGCGGCAUCAGAACAGGUUUCCUGCAAAUCGAUGAACACAUGAGAGUCAUCUCUGAGAAGAAACAUGGCGCAGACAGAAGUGGGUCAACAGCUGUGGGUGUCAUGAUUUCUCCCCAACAUACAUACUUCAUCAACUGUGGAGACUCGAGAGGUUUACUUUGUAGAAACAGGAAGGUUCACUUCUUCACACAGGAUCACAAACCAAGUAAUCCACUGGAGAAAGAGCGUAUACAGAAUGCAGGUGGCUCUGUAAUGAUUCAGCGUGUGAAUGGCUCUCUUGCUGUUUCAAGGGCACUUGGGGACUUUGAUUACAAAUGUGUCCAUGGGAAAGGUCCUACAGAACAGCUAGUCUCACCUGAACCUGAAGUUUAUGAAAUUGAGAGAUCAGAAGAAGAGGAUCAGUUCAUCAUACUGGCUUGCGAUGGUAUCUGGGAUGUUAUGGGAAAUGAAGAGCUGUGUGACUUUGUAAGAUCCAGACUUGAAGUCACUGAUGACCUUGAGAAAGUUUGCAAUGAGAUAGUUGACACCUGCUUGUACAAGGGAAGUCGAGACAACAUGAGUGUGAUAUUGAUCUGUUUUCCGAAUGCACCAAAGGUAUCGCCAGAGGCGGUGAAAAGAGAGGCAGAGUUGGACAAGUACCUGGAAAGCAGAGUAGAAGAGAUCAUAAAGAAGCAGGGUGAAGGAGUCCCAGACUUAGUCCACGUGAUGCGUACGUUAGCAACUGAGAGCAUCCCAAACCUCCCGCCGGGGGGUGAAUUGGCAAGCAAACGGAGUGUGAUUGAAGCCGUUUAUAACAGACUGAACCCCUACAGGAAUGAUGAUACUGAUUCUGCCUCAACUGAUGAUAUGUGGUAAAACUGCUCACCUAGCUGUGGAGUUCACGUUUCAUCCUUCACAUGAAAGUGCAGCCCAACCUCAGUGACCCUUCUUAAUAUCCAUCCUCAACCUUAAAAAAAAGAAGGGAGUAUGAUGUGUUGGUGAGAGCGACUACAGCAGUACGACAUCUAGCCCAGGAACUGAUCUUCUUUUGUAAAACAGACUUCUGUAAACGUGAUUUCAAACCAUAAUUCAUAUUGUAAAUCAAGACUCCAGCAAUUUAUGUUGUAUGAUUUUGUUUUUGUAAAGUGCAAUUGUCUUUGUACAAAAUGCUCAUAUUUAAUUAUGAACUGCUUUAAAUCACUAUAAAGGUUAGAAGAAAUGUUUGGCUUGUGUGAUGCAACAAUAUAUAUCCCUUUAAAUUCAUGUUGUGGUUUUGGAUUGCAAGGAGCAGCAGCCUAGCCAGCUAGGUGCUCAAGAGGUGCACAAAACUGUAAAGAUAACUCCUUGUUAUAUAUGAAAGCUGAACUUGUGGGCAACUUACCAGAAAUUAGUGUGUGAAUUUGCUUGGCAAUGGAAAAAUAACGAAGAGUGGUGCACAUUUCUCAGCGAACCUUGGACACGCUCUGGCUCUCGCAUUGAAUUAAAGGGAGUUCUGGUUCUGACUUCAGUGGGAGUUAAAUCAUGCCCUGUUAAUAAUAUCAUGUCCGUACGUGUACAAACCUUGGGAUUAGAAUGCCUUGAUUCUUUGCACCUCUUUUUGCAUUAACCCUUACCUGAAACUACUAAUCACUGAGCAUGAACAAGCAGCUUUCUACAUCCAGUAGGAGUCUGCAGCAUUUUUACAAUCCUGAUUGGCUGGGUCUGCUGCUGUUCCAAGUAAAAUACUUCGAAUUCCAUUUUAUCAAUAAAGCUUGAUUUAACAAACAAGAAAUUUAUCCAUAAAUGUGUAAUUCCUUUUUUCCUGCCUUUUUAAAAAUGUCAGUGCCAUUGUAAAUGAUAUUUUACUUGUGGAAGAAUAUUUUUAUUAAUUGGUAGCCCAUUUUUCAAAUGGGAAGGAUUUUGAUUAUUGCCCAAGACAUAGCCAUAUGCUAGAGGAUGAUGUGGGAUUAAUCUGUUACCCUGUUUUUUACAAGUGUGGGUUUUUUCAGGCUUUUUGUGUUCUGUUGGGUUUUUUUUUUCUCCCCACUGAAGAUGUGCAUUGGUUUGAAUUUGCCUACUGUUUGAUAAAAAUACAUUUGUCAAAGCCUGACAAUCUUUAACGUUUUAUGGUGUGUGUUUUUAAUUGACCCACUUACUUAGAACGAGAGACUAGUGGUUAAACAGUAUUUGUGAUUUGAGAUAUAGCAUGUUGACAAUAUUUAACUGUUCGUUGUUUAAAAUUCUAAUUUAAAAUUUUAUAAGAUAAUAAACUAAUUUGAUUUAAGCUUAGCUUUCUCCCAUUGAGCAUACAGAAAUUCAGUUUUCGAGUCAGUCGUGUUUGCAAAACUGCUGUUUUGUGCACCUUGUAUUGUCUUUUUGGUUGAGAAUAUUGUAUUUAAUAUGUAGUUUACUCAUUUAGUAGGCAGAUUCCCCAAAAGGAAAAUCAGUAAAACAAGUAGAUUGUAACAUUUACUGCAGUUAAACAGAAUCAAAACUUGGUGUAUAAUUACUUUUUUGGAUAGGAAAAUGUAGUACAAUGCAUUUUGCUAUAUUUGUCUUUCCCUAACUUUGAAAUAUACAUAUUUGUAUAUAUAGCCUUAAAACUAAAGCAGAGUUAGGGAACACUGAACAGUGAAAAAGUAACUUAUAGUGUCUUGGAACUAAGUAUAGUAUAUACCAGCAGACUUUUCUUUUAUCCCUCUUGUCUAUGUGGGGUGCUUAAACGUAACUUCAUUGUAUUCAGUUUGUAAUCUGUUCAAGCAUGAAUGAAGAGAACAUAAGCACUAUUUGUAUUUAUAAAUUUAUAGCAAUUUUUGCGUAAAGAACCAGUUCCUUACCUACAUAUGAAUAAAUGCUUAAAAUGUCUAAUUUUGUUGUAGAGUGCAAAACUAUAAUAAUGUUAAGUUAUAGCUUCACAGGCACCUAGUUAACAAGCAUAUUUAAUAAUACAUGGUGUAUUAGUGCAAAAAAAGCUAAACUUAAGGUAGGAAUGAGGCAGAUGAAGUUCUGUCCUUUUUCGGAGAGACUAAAGUUUAGUUUUGGAAACUGCAAAACCUUAAACUGGACUGUGGAACCUUUGAGUUUGCAACUUUAAAAAUCAGAAGUAAAACUGUGGUGUGAAAAGCCAUACUUCAAACCAUAAUCACUUAAACUGUCUCAGUGACAAAUGGUGUAUUUGCAGCCUCUUCUUAGGAGGUCUCCUGAAGGUUAGAGAGAAGGUAAUUCUGCUGUUGCUACAGGCAAUGUAACUAGUUUGAGGGUGGUGGCAGAAAGCCCGUUUCAGGCCUUUCUCUCCCCUGCCUGCAUUCAGCAUUGUGAUGAGGUCAGGGCACUGAAUUAUGAUGUAUGCAUAAACACUGCCAUUUUAGAUACAGAUUUUGAUUACAACAUAAAUUAAGUAUAUAAAGCAUCCUAGAGAAGAGGCAAGCUGUAACUUUUCACUGCUCUGAAAAGAAAAAAGGCACUUUUUGCACCUUUGUGCAUCUCCUUCUUGCACCAGAAACUUUUUUUUUGUUGAAAUGCUAAAAACAUUAGCACCUCAGGGGCAAGGCAGCAAUUUUUAUUUUCAUUUUUUUCUUUAAGUAUUGUGUGCUAUUUAUUUCCCUCUUGGAAAAAAAGAUUCCUGUGUGACAAAAAAAUGAAAAUUGUGUGAUGUUAAAAGAUGUAUUUUUAAAUACAUGUUCAAAUAGGAGGGGUCCCAGUUUGCUUAUUUUUAAAAGGAAAUGAUGUUUGUAAAGCUACUUUGCUUCGUAUGCCAUGCAACUUUGUUUUCUUUCUACAUUUGACAGCUUCACUGGCUUCAGUUUCUGUGAGUUUUGUUACAGUCAGAUUAAAUGUUUCACUGAUCAUUCUGGGAGAAUACCUGUACUGCUUUGUAGACCACUGUUGCAGAUAAUUCUCACUAAUUCAGCAUUGAAAUAUGUUCAAGACAGAGGCUUCUAAAACGCGUUUUAAAAACCCAUGUUGGAUGAGCUAAAUGCAGUUGCACCAAGUAAGGUCCUAAGAUUUCCAAGGCUUUGUAAACCUGUUGUAUCAGUUGAGUCCCCAGCACACGUGGUGGGGCAGAAACCUGCAGGUCCCAUGGAAGCUGUGAAGCCUUUUGGGGGCUUGUCCUUACCUAGCAGCACCACAGAGACCUGGAUGCGUGGCCAUCAUUCCUGAUAAUCCUCCAGCAGAACUUGGAAUCGGAGAGAGAAAUUGCUUUUCCUGCCCUUUAAUCACUCUGAACUGCAGCAGCCCUAGCUUGUGUCGUGCCAGCAAGGUGCCUGAUGAAUAUUAAGCAGCAGAUGAGUAAUGGUAGCACUUAACUUGAUCGUUCAUGCAGGUGCCAGAAGUAGUCAUUCCAAGAUGUACUUAUGAUAAACUGACUUUAAGCAUCCAUCACAUUGUUUAUUGCAAAGCUGGUCCUGUCUCACCUGUAUAGGUUAAAACCUGAGCCAUUUUGCUUAUUGCAAGAAUUGGACAUUUUAAAAGGUGAUUUUAAAAAAAAAAAAAAGGGAACAGUCUUCACUGCAAUUGAUUCCCUGAUAAGAAUCCCAUCUUAAUUUGUUACACUGGGAUAGGGUAGACUUCUAUUGCAUUUCACUUCUUAGUAAUUUAUGAGACACGGAUGUGGUUUCAUGGUCAGCUUAUAUCAAGCCUAAGCUGUUGCUGUAAGUUUGCCCCUACUGCCCUGUUAGUGCCAGCACUCAUGCUUGUGUGGCAGUGCAGUUAGGGAGGAAGAAAACUAGAUCUGGCCUCUUCAGCUGGGUUAGUUGAUGUGCCAGCAUCCCCUAGCUGGAUUGAAGGCAAGACACAAGAGUGGGAAGACAGGACUGAGAGCAAAGCAACAGUUGCACCACCCCUUCUGCCACAGUUCGGGAAACCAUACCCUAAAUGCAGAUUGACCUGUGUAGGGGAGAUCGAAGCCUUGGCAGAUCUUUCUCCACUCUGUACUUAAACAUUUUGCUUUGGUAAAUGUUCUUUUUUCCUGAAACUGGAAUUGUGAGACUUUGCGUGUAUUGUCUUCUUGUGUAUGAGUUCCAUGCUGACAGACUGUUCACUCCAGAUGUCUGUAGCUCUGUGCUGUGGGAUAGGCAGCAUGGCUGCCACAAUUAGGUUAAUGAUACAGCUGUUACAGUUUACCUUUUCCAGUGUACAUCAGGAUCUCAUCAUGCUGAGAUGUUCACAUCCAUCUCUACCUGCACCUUCUUGAAUUGCUUUUAUGCUCAAAUGACCCUGUCUAUUUAAAUUUCUUGAUACUGAAACUUGGCUGUGUCUGUAAUGGGCUAACCUAUUGUUAAAUGUUACCCUUUUCCUCAUCAUUUGACAAAUACAGUAUUUUAAUACAAACCUGAUGUACCUUGCAGAGGUUCAGACACAGCAAAACUGUGUAGAGCUGUACCUGACCUUUUUUUUUUUUUAGAAAAUGGACAUGUUACUGGGCUAAGGUUCAUGAGCUGUGAAAAUAAUGUCUCCUAAAUAACUCUUAUAGCUCCUUGUUCCUACAGCUAAAUGUGUUUGAGAUGAUGAUAACCUGAGCCUUUUUACACCAAUACAGGCUGUAAAGUCUCUACUUGGCUGGGUAGAUUUUUUUCCAACUCUUUAAGUGGUAAAAGGAGGCUCCACACUUUAUUUUCUAGGAUGCUGUAGUGCAUCAAAUGAACGUAAUUCCUGCUGUAAACUGUAAAAAUGGAGCAACAUUGAAAAGCAGCAACCUGAGGCUAAGUAUGUUUGACUGACCUGUUGGUGAAAUAUUGAUCAGAGAAUCUGAUCUGUUGGUGAGCUCUUUCUGAGCUGUCUCUGGAGUGCUCGCGUGGCCUGCAGGUCUCUGCUGACCCCACCUGCAGCUUCUGAACCUUUUCAUGGCCCUUUGUGAUUUGAUGACCUCGUGCUGCAAUGAGGUAGCAGUCACCUGGGCCGUUCACAGAAGUUCAAGAAGCUGUAGGGAAAUUUAAAGCAUUUCUUUUUUUUCAUGGACCACUAAAUCCUUUCAAGUAAACAAACAAAAAAAAAAUGUGUGCUAAAAACUGAGUUUACAUUCUCUCCUGCUGCAAACUCCUUUCUAGAAAAAUCUACAAGUAUUUCUUCUCUUUACUUAAUAUGUGGAAAAGAAAAAUGUCUGGAGUUUUAAUUUCCUGAUUGUGUCAGAGCUGUGUAUUCCUUGCUUUAUCUGUAUUUAUUUGAUGUUCUGUUACCAGUAAACCAGAUCUUUUCUUCCUCCCCCCCUGUGUAAAAGCCCUUCUAAGCUUUUGGCUUCUCAGCUAGAACAGGGAUGACAAUUGUGUCUUAGGGGCUUGGGGAAGGUUUGCAUCAGAUGUAACAACAAAACCCCUCUGACCACACGAUUUGGGAAAGCAGGCUUAACUUUAAAAUGCCUUUUCAGAAUUAAUGAAAUAAUUCUAUUCUGAAGGGGAGGUGGGAUGACAGGUCAGAUUUCUAGAGUAUAUGUUGUUUUAUGCCUAGCCAGAUUUUUACGCUCAGCUUGUACUGAUUCCUGCCCAAAUGCUCUGUAAAAUGUCACUGGACAGCUACUUUCUUUUUUUUCCCAAAAAAAGAAAAAGGAAAAUAAAGCUAAUGGACCUUACUACUGUGUAACCAGCCAUUUCUUUCCAAGGGUGAGUGUUGUGUCAGACAGUAACAUUUUCCUUUCAGAGCACCACGUCUGCCCUUCUCAGCUCGCUCAGUAACAUUGAGCCAAAACUGAAAUAAUUCUUUGCUUCCAUUAACUGUUUGGCUCUGAAGAGCUGGUGGGAAUUUUUUACAGCUAAAGAAGACAGGGCUCUCAACACGUAUUGUGAGAAAGCCUCCAGAGUUGAAGGAGGUGCCAUUGUUGUUUCUUUUCAGAAAUAUCUUUGAGAAGAGAAAUGAGAAAACUGGCGGGUCAUAAAACAUAAUGUACUUUUACUUCUCUCAAUGUCUAUAGACUAAGGACUUCAGAGUUGAGUUUCACUUGUGUUACUGAAUUCAACCCAGUGUGAGCAACAGAAGUACUGAGUGGCCAAUUUCCCUGUCACUGUUGGGAUUUCAGGCUGAAGUACAGGUUUAUUUUGUUCAAAAUAAAGGGGAAAAUUAAAUUAAGAUAGUCUUGGAACUGUACUGUACGUCCUGCUGCAACUGAUGGAGCUUCACUUAAAAUAUAUACAGUUUGCACGUGUAUUGUUGGAGCCUUUUCUUGGACUGAAAAAGAAAUGUAAUCUUUAUUCAGUGUUGGUUUUGAAAAAUAGGUUUUCUGAGCCAAAGGGAAGAAGGUGGUAGCACAAAAGCAAAAUGUUAGAUUAAUUGGAGAUAACAAUUUCAUAGUCCUUUAAACAUGUAAGUCAGCAUUUUUCCUUGUAAAACAUCAGAAGGGCACAGUUUGAGAGGUUCAGUUAAUUUGGUAUUUUAGCUGUAAAGAGUAAAAAGAGUGAAAUCCAUAAUGAGUUACUCAGGAUGGAAAAACAAUGAAACCCUAGAAAUCUAGGAUUGAAUGUGCUGGGUUUACAUACCAUCGUUUCCAUGUCCUGUGAUGGACCUAAUGAGAGGAUCUGCAUUGGUGUUUUUAGGGGAACUUUUUAUUCUUGCUGAGUGUUUGAUGCUAGACUAACAAUUUGCUGCAGUUUGAAGUUUCCAGGCUCUGAAACUGGAAACUGGGCAUUUUACACCACAGCACCCAGUGCAUGAGGUGCUGCAGGACCUGUUGCCACGUGUUCUGUGGUUUAAUGCAGCUGUUUGAUGCUGGAAGUUGGGAUUUCCUCACAUACCUUUUAUUUGCCCGUGGUGUGGUUCGCAGUGACCUUGAGUACCAAGAGUUAAGUUGUAUUUAUUAACCAAAUCUAACUCUUUGGUGCCAGGAAUCUAGUUUUUGGAGUAAGUGCUGAAUUAUGCAAAUCUUCUUGGCUCAGUACUGGGAAGGCUACUCGGGAUGAAGGGUUAAUGUGAGACCAAAGCCUCGAUUCUUCUAGCCAGGGAAUGUUGAAUGUUGGAAAAGUGUGAGGUUUGAUUUCCAAAACUGGCUGCUUUAUAAAUCCUUCAAAGCAGAGAUUUUGGGUUCUAGCAUCUGUCUUGUUACUAAGACCAUAUCCAAACAUGCUGAAUUAGAGAGUUUUCACCUGUCUUCUCACAGAAUUGACUCCACGUCGUCUCAUGGAAAGAGUCUCGUUUGUAGUGACAUGCUGUGCCUGUCUUUUUAGAAAAUUCAUGACCUCUUUUUAUCUAUUUUGUGGAAAGUGUAACUUUUUCUCAUUGAUGACCUGUAUAAAUGUGUGUUACGAAUGGAGAGAUUUAAGCUUGAAAAGCAUGUUUGCAGAUUACACAGCUUCAUGAUGGAAUUUAUAAAUUUAACAGAGUAAUAUACAAGAGCAUAACUAUUUUCCUUAAGUAGAAUGUAUGACAAUAUAUAAUAAAUUAUUCUCCACGUAGUUCACCCACUAUUUACAGUUUUACACAAUUCAAACUGUGUGUUUACAGAAAGUUCAAUAAAUGUAUAUUUUGUACUAUGUACAGAUUCCUGGUCCCAAAGAAAAAUGUGUGAACUUAGUUUCUAACUUAACGUUUGAGAUUGUACUUCUUUUUUUUUUUUUUUUUGCCUUUUUUUGGUUUUUUUUUGGGUUGUUGUUUUUUUUUUUGUUUGAAAUCAGUUGAACAAACUGCAUUAUGCCUGUCAAUGGUGGAGGCUUGUGUUGGAGUUGGAACUGGAAUUGGAAAUAUUUCUAAGCUACAAAAGUGAUUCCACUAAAUAAAACAGGCAAUGACAUCA